GUGGGUGCCAGGAAAGAGAGAGAGAAGAGGCCUUUGAUCAAGGGCAGCAAAGGAAACAGAAGAGGAGAGCGUAUUCUCUCUGGUAGGGAACUAAAGCAGCAGCAUUCUAGCAGAACUCCUGGGGGUACAUUGUCUUCUCAGCUAGGUCCUACCUUAACAAACCGACACUUAACCUGUGAAAAUACAGAAGGCAUGAAAGCCUGUGAUCCGGGACUUCCCAAUCUAGAAGUGAAGAGAAACUGGUGCAGAUCCUGAUUUGAAGAGGAAUUAGCCUCGGGUGGUGCAUGCAGGCAGGGUUAGCUCAACCAGACUGGAAAAUUGCAAGGGGCACGUGGGAAAAUGAAACUAAGAAGACAUUUUCCAGAGAUGUGGACCCCAGAACCCCAGAAGGAACUCACCUAUGCCCUUUCUGAAAUAAACCUGACCUCUUAGGAGUUCUUAAGAACUAACUUGUUUCUCUGAGAACUUGAGAGUAGGUAGGAAAAACUGAGUCAACAAUUACCUCUAUUGCCUCAUGCUCAGAUUGCUAGGAUUUCUAUAGCAUUGUCCAGGCCUGGUGACAGAGGCAGAAGAACUUUAACCACCAAUGAAGGAGGACGCCAGCACUGAAGGUUUCCUAUCUUCCAGCAUUUUGGAAAUUUUAGCAGUCAAAUGCCAGGAAUGCAGAUGCCAAUGGGGCAGCCAAUGCCAGGAACAGGUCCAAACAUGGUCCUUGGUGGAUACUCUGGAUACCCAGUUUAUUCAGACAAUUAUUCCUCACCCGAUGACUCCAUAUGGACUUACUUCACUGCUGUUGCCGGACAGGAUGGCGAAGUGGAUGCUGAAGAAAUUCAGAGAUGUUUGACACAGUCUGGAAUUAGUGGAACUUAUUCUCCUUUCAGUUUGGAAACCUGCAGAAUUAUGAUUGCUAUGUUGGAUAGAGAUUAUACAGGAAAAAUGGGAUUUAAUGAAUUCAAAGAGCUUUGGGCAGCUCUGAAUGCUUGGAAGCAAAACUUCAUGACUGUUGAUCAAGACCAAAGUGGUACAGUAGAGCAUCAUGAGUUGAACCAAGCCAUUGCUGCUAUGGGUUAUAGAUUGAGUCCUCAAACAUUAAGUGUUAUUGUUAAGCGUUAUAGCAAGAAUGGCAGAAUUUUCUUUGAUGAUUAUGUUGCUUGCUGUGUUAAACUUCGAGCAUUGACAGCUUUCUUCAGGAGAAGAGAUCACUUGCAACAAGGAUUUGUGAAUUUUAUGUAUGAUGAUUUUUUACAGGGUACUAUGGCAAUUUGAAUGUCUAGAAUUCCGAAGCUUAAGAAAUACUGUGAAUACUUUUGCUUGGAAGAAAUGAACUGAACUACUUUAAAUGAAAACUUUUGGGGCUUUUCCAUGUUCUUUCCUGCUAAAUCACUUUUCUUUUUGUUUUCACUUUAUAACACAAUUUAAGCAAAGAAAGAGAUUUUUUUUUUUCUUUUUGGAAUGUUACUUCCUUUGGAAAAGAUAACACUUUAUGCAUAUUUAUAUACUGUCAUUAAAUAUUGGUAUAUAAAUAAUUUAUGUAAAUACUUCUUAGCCUUUAUUUUAAACAAUAUAAAUCUAGAGGAAUACACUUAAAGAUAGAUUGUGUAUGAAGCCAAAUGACAAAAGCCAAGAUAAAACUAAUUUAUACUUACUAAAAAGUUAUAUUAUAUUUUUAAACUUUGUAGUUGUUAUUUAAGUGUUAGUUAGAAGGUAAUGCCUGGAUUAAUGCCUUCUUUGUAACAGGGUUUGUUCUUUGAUCAUGUAAUCAGAAAACAGAAACAGUAGUCGUGAUAAAGAAAAUUAUAGUUCCUAAAAACUGUUUCUAAGUCGAAUUUAUAGUGAAAUAAGACUCCUGGAGUCACUGCUUUUCCUUAUUUUUUUGCAUAGUAUAUUUUUCUUUAAUAUAUUUUAUCAUCUUCUGUGAAAAACAUUACCAAAUAAACAUCGUUUUUCUCUC